AAUUACAGAUAUAGGAUGCUCAUGGAUGAAAACUUCUUUAUUGGGGAUGUAUGCUCAGGUGGUGUCACAUCUCAAGACCAUCACCAUCAUCAUCAAAAAGUGGCACCUUGCUCGAGUUCAACCUCAUCAUGUCCUCCAAUGGUAUACCGAAGUCAGAAGCAUUCCCGUUUCGCACUUGAACAAAUGAACGAAAUGCGAUCGGAUGGUUCUUUGUGUGAUGUGACGUUGGUCGUUGGAACCGUCCAUAUCAAUGCUCACCGACUGCUGCUUGCUUCGUGUUCCAGCUACUUCCGUGCUAUGUUCACCUCAGAAAUGGCAGAAAGCCGGCAACAAGAAAUUCAAAUGGUGGAUAUCGAACCUCGCACAUUACAAGCGCUUAUUAAUUUCUGUUACACGGGUGAAAUAACAAUUGCUGAUUUCAAUGUUCAGUCAAUCCUACCGGCUGCAUGUUUGUUGCAGCUCAAUGAAGUACAGGAGGUUUGUUGUGAGUAUUUGAAAAAGCAAUUGGAUCCAACGAACUGUUUAGGUAUACGGGCAUUUGCCGACACCCAUGCUUGUCGAGAUUUAAUGAGAAUUGCCGAUAAAUUUACUCAUCACAACUUUCAGGGUGUUGCCAAAAGUGAAGAAUUUAUGUCACUGCCUGCAAAUCAGUUAAUUGACAUCAUAUCGAGUGAAGAACUAAACGUUCGAUCGGAAGAAGCUGUUUUCCGAGCUGCGAUGGCAUGGAUUCGCCACGAUCUUCUUAAUCGACGUCAGUUCUUGUCGAAGGUCCUCGAGCAUGUCCGUUUGCCUCUUUGUCCUGCCAAAUUUCUGGUUAGUGUGGUAAGUGAAGACCCAUUAGUUAAAACUGAUGCGCAGUGUCGAGAUUUGGUUGACGAAGCUAAGAAUUAUCUUCUCUUGCCUCUGGAAAGACCGAAUAUGCAAGGACCGAGAACAAGAAGUAGGAAACCGCUACGUUACGGUGAAGUUCUGUAUGCCGUGGGCGGUUGGUGUAGCGGUGAUGCUAUUGCCUCAGUGGAACGCAUGGAUGGUCGAACCGGCGAAUGGCGUUGUGUUGCUCCAAUGAGUAAACGACGAUGUGGUGUUGGUGUAGCUGUGCUUAAUAAUUUAUUAUACGCCGUAGGAGGACAUGACGGACAGAGUUAUCUGAACUCUGUUGAAAGAUAUGAUCCAGCAACAAAUCAGUGGAGUAGUGAUAUUGCGCCGACAUCCACUUGCAGGACAUCCGUUGGUGUGGCGGUUCUCGGUGGUUUGCUUUAUGCAAUUGGUGGUCAGGAUGGAGUUUGUUGUUUGAAUGUCGUAGAAAGAUAUGAUGCACACCGAAAUGAGUGGGCCGAAGUAGCCCCAAUGAGUACGCGCAGAUUAGGCGUAUCGGUAUCAGUUUUAAAUGGUUGUUUGUAUGCUGUAGGUGGUUCUGAUGGACAGAACCCACUGAAUACUGUUGAACGUUAUGAUUCGAGAAUUAACAAAUGGAUGACGGUAAAAUCAAUGAAUACGAGACGGAAACACUUGGGAACUGCUGUACACGAUGGAUGUUUAUAUGCCGUAGGUGGUCGAGAUAAUGCUUGUGAACUAUCAUCAGCAGAGAAGUACAAUCCGAACACAAAUGAAUGGAUCAAUGUUGUUGCAAUGAACAAUCGCCGAUCUGGAUAAUCAUCGCUUAUGCAGUACAUGACUGCAAUUAGCAACAAGCCUGAAUCAUACCUUUUGCUGCCGUUUUGAAAGAGAAGUGUCUGCUGCAGGCAGUUGUGAAAAUACUGAUGGUUAUUCUCUUAUAAUCAUCAUAUAAAAAUACUCCCAAACAGUACUGAUCCUCCAAUAUCUUUGCUGCGUUUUUGGAAAGCAAUUUUUUUGAUUGAUGUGAAUUUAGGUGGGUUUGGCAGUAGUGAACGAUCAGUUAUAUGCAGUGGGUGGUUUUGAUGGUACAACGUAUUUAAAGACCGUGGAAGUUUAUGAUCGAGAAAUGAACCAAUGGCGUCAAUCGGGAUGUAUGAUAUACCGACGACUUGGUGGAGGUGUUGGAGUGGUUCGACUAGACCACGACCAAUAUAUGCCCUUCAAUCCGGACUCUAAUUUAGCGCCUUUCGAUGACCCUCCUUUGAUGUGAAUUUCCGAGAUUUCCGUACACCUCAGAGUUAGUUAGAGAACUGACUCAUGUAUGAUGAUUCAUAGAAGUUCAGGAACUGUGAUUCCAUACUGAUUCGUAUAUGUAAUCUGUUCAUGUCACAUUGCUUUGUAUUGUGUAUUUAUGAUAAAUUAUACCAGUAUCUCAUUUUGUAAGACAUAGGUUCUUUUCAGAAUAAAUCGCAUCAUUUUGUCAGGAUCUUUCGGGAGAAGAGUGAAUUCCAAAAAGGUGUAUACGUCGUCGAAUUUGAAAGGGAAUGCUUUUGUAAGGUUACAGCUAUAUU